AUGAAUUUAAAUAUUACAAAUGACGGUAUGUCUGAUAUGCCAAAGAGCAAUACCCCAAUAUCAGAUUCUAUGAAUAGAUGGAAGAUGCCUCGUGGUGGUAUACCGAAUGGUAAUGAGAUGAUGUUACAUAGCCAGCUAGCUGCAGAGCAUUAUAAUAUUACACAACAAUUGAUACCUAAUUUCAUAUCACUCCAACAGCAACAACAACAAACAACACAACCUCCUGUAUUGCUCAAUCCAAUAACAAAUAAGAUAAAAAAUAAGAAGAGGAUAAAAAAGAAUGUUACUGUACUAAAAGAAAGUUCAAAUGAAACUAUUUUUGUUAAUUAUACGGUGGAAGAGAAGAAGCCAGCCAAGGAUAAACCGACGACAAAUAUCCCCGAAUCAAAUGGUACUACUUCAAAAACUGUGGAUACUGGAUCCUCUUCGUCGUCCUUUUCUUCUUCCCCUACUAAUGUUUCAAAAUUAAAUUCAAGUAAUAAAUCUUUGAAAAGAGAAUCAGCGCCAACUACCCUCAAUUUUUGUGGAGCUAGACAAAAUAAUAUAUUUCCAAUCGAUGAAAUUCAAGCCAACUCAAAUGAUAAUAUUCGUCCUCAACAAAUUGUUAUAAAAGAUAGUUCUACUACUAGUGGUACUAAUCAUGAUGAAAAUGAUGCAAAUAUGGAUUUCAGUAAAAUUGUAAAUAUGGACAGAAGAAGUAGAGUUAUAACACCAACGACGACUAGGUUUUAUAUGUCCUCCUCUUCAACACCUUCCUCCCCAGCUAUUGGAACACCGUCAUCUGCAUUUUAUGCCAAUAGUAUUCACAACAUAUCUGCUCAAAGACCGUCUUCCGCAGUAAUGCCAAAUUUCACAAAACAUGCGUCAUAUAAUGGGGUGUCACCAUAUGCGAAGCGGGUUGUCUCUAACAAGAAUUCCAUAUAUAAAUUACCAAAGGGAACUGGAUCAGUAAGUACAACCACACUAUCAUCAAAUUUAGAAUCAACAGCAUUUGAUCUAUCGAUGUAUAAUAAUUCCGUGCCGAGUAAUGGGCACUCCUAUAUUGAUAAUUUCAAUAGUGCGGCGGAUAGUAGUCCUAAUGAUGGUAGCUUAGAUAAUUCCUUUAACCAACAACAUCAUGGAAGUAUAUCUGAUCAAUUGAUCGAUCCAGAGAGGACAGCAGUGUCCUUACCAACCGAAUAUCAUGAUCCAUAUUCAGAAUCCUUAGAUAUGGGAUUAAUAAUGAGCAUAGGAAUAGAGGAACUUAAUCCUCAAAAACAUUCGACAGCAUCUAAUAAUAUAUCACGCACAGUUACAGGUAGUACGGUUACUAUUCAAUCCUAUAUGAAUGAUUUAGAACAUUUAAACUCCCAACAAUGUUUAGCAAACGAACUUCAAGUAGAUAACAAUAUGGAAAAUAAUCCUUUUCAUGCUAACAUCGAUCGUGAUAUAAAACAUGAUGAUGGAGAGAUUAGUCCUAAAUUUGGAGCUAUCGAUUUUGAUAAUAUCGAGGCGAUAUUUCCAAUCAAUAAUAAUUCAUCACCAAUUAAACAAGAAUUGGAUGAUAUUUUAAAUAUUCUUAAAUAA